ACUUCAAUAGUAUACUUUUUUUUCAUCUUUUUUUUUUUCCAUCUAUUUAUAGAGAAGUAUUAUAUAUUCAAGAAGAGAAAAUAUAGUAGAUUUGAGCAAUCAGAAGAAUAGAAACAUAAAAACAAAAUGGAAGAAGGUGGAAGAAGUGUUGGAGAAGAAGAAGAAGAAGAAAGUGAUGGUGGCUAUUGAUGAAAGUGAAUGCAGUUUCUAUGCAUUAGAAUGGGCCCUCGAAAAUCUUUACCAAUCUUUGUUGAACGCUGAAGUUGUGUUAUUCACAGCCCAGCCCAUUGCUGAUUAUGGAUAUAUUUAUGCAGAAUCUUUUGGUGUUACCUCUCCAGAACUAAUGGCAAGUGUACAAGAAAAUCAAAGGAAAGUAGCUAAUGCUAUCCUCAAGAAAGCUAAGGAUCUCUGUACUCAACAUGCGAUAGUUGCAGAGACAGCUACACAAGUAGGAGAUCCCAAACAAACAAUAUGUGAAGCAGCUGAGAAGCUUCAUGUAAAUUUGCUUGUGUUAGGUAGCCAUAACAAGGGUGCUCUACAAAGGACAUUUCUGGGAAGUGUUAGCAACUAUUGUGUCCACAAUGCCAAGUGUGCGGUUCUUGUCGCGAGGAAAAUCCCAUGAAGAAAGAGAAGGCGGUUGUACAUUUGUUUUCAUGUUUAUCCUCUUAUAUAAAUAAAUAAAUAUUUAUCUUUUGUGGUUUCUAUUCUAUGAUUUGUAUUAAAUAGCGUGAUUCUGUUAUAUGCAUACUGAACUAUUUAC